UGAAGUUCUUGGAUCGACUGGUGGGUGACACGUGCGCCAAACAAACACUCGGCUUGGACCACAGCCGAUUAAGGGACAGCAUGAUUUUCUAUCGUUGAAAUGUCAUAUUCGAAUGAUUACUCGCCGCGCGAGAAAGUGCAAUAAAUUGAUUCAAGAUUCAAGUGAGCAGUCAGUUGACGCGACCUAACCUCAAAGCGACAUGAUAACCUCGCACGUACUCGUAUUGUUUACCGGCCUGAUUAGUAUCGGGACCUGUAAUAAUAUUAAUAAUGCGUAUAACGACUUUUUUGACGAGGAAUUAAUGCUGAAGCCUCUGUCGAGUAAUCACGUCUAUGCCUACUUUCAAUUUACUACGAUAUGGGAGACAGUGAACCAUGUAGAAACACUUCAACAUUCGCAUCUUUUUCCAAGGGGAUUGGGUGAGAUCAUAGGCCGUCAUAAUGUUGAUGAGCUGCAUGUUACUUUAACGGAAGGCUUAUGGAAUUAUCAAAAGUGGGGAUAUCCGUUCUACGACGCUGGACCUGGUGCUGAAGUAACUGCCUGGUUUAACAGGGAUAUAACAAACAUAGACGAUGAAUGGAAAGGUCUCACAAACGCCUUAGCUGGAUUACUCUGUGCAUCUCUGAACUUUGUUGACGCCUCCAAUAGCAUGUCGCCAGAGUUUACCUUCCGUCCCACUGGUGUCACGGAUGGACCAGUGAAUUCUAGUCACUUGCGUUAUUCAUCGUUACCAAGAGAGAUAGUUUGUACCGAGAAUCUAACGCCAUUUAAAAAAUUGUUGCCUUGCAACUCCAAGAGAGGUCUGGCUACGUUGUUAAAUUCUGCGCAUAUUCACAAUACAAAUUACCACUCCAUUGGAAUACAUUUUCGGUCAAUAUGUCGCGACGCAUCUUGCACAAGGCCAUCUUUAGAACUGCGACAAACCGUUUCCUUGAUAUACGAUACAAUGGCAGAUACAAAUCAGGAUUGGUCAAUACGAAAAUUUUUUGGAAUGGGUCUUAAAGGCGCAUGUCCGCUUGCAACAUUAAGUAAUAUUUAUGUGGAUAUAUCGGGCAACAAUACGAAUCACAUAUAUGAAUUAACACCACCGCCAAGUGCAAAAGUUGUUAGCUUGCGUGGUGGACAACAAAAUGAAAUAGCGGUAUAUGAUAUCAGGGCUCAUAGCAGCAGAGGAAUAUUUAAUAUUGCUGCCGUACAUAGUGCACCAAAGAGUAACGCUAUAAAUUAUCCUUCAAUCCUCUAUGCGAAUAGAUAUAUUAUCGGAUACGGCCAAGAAAGAGGCAGUUUAGUAACUAAACUGUAUAACAAUCACUGGCAGGCGUUAGAUGUAAUCUUAUUGGAAAAUAUUCCGUGGUACCUGCUGGUUUACUUACAUUCCAUUACGAUAACCUGGAAUGAGCAACAAGUUCGUCCAUUGGCGCAACGGUAUUUACCUGGAAGGGAGAGGAAAAGUCCGUACUAUUUAGAAUUAAUCCUGCGCCUGCCACCACACUCAGUAACGAAAGUCACUAUCGAUAUGGAUUACUUAUUCCUCAAAUGGCAGGAAUAUCCGCCGGACGCUAAUCACGGUUUUUACAUGGGACCAGCUAUAGUUACAGCCUUAUUACCCAUAGCUAGAAAUUACACCGCUCUUCCGCUCGAUGGAAGUACAAUUACUUCAAGUUUUAACGCUUCGAGGGAUGAUUAUCUAGUACAAUUACGGACAGAGUCCUUGCUUAUUAGUCUUCCGACUCCUGACUUCAGUAUGCCUUACAAUGUUAUAUGCCUUGCCUGUACAGCUGUCGCGUUAGCAUUCGGCCCACUUCACAACAUUUCCACGAAGCGACUGGUUUUGAAACGCAUCGAAAAGGACUGGAAAGGUAAACUGUUCUCCUUUUUCUUAGGAAAGAUAUUCGGAGCAAAGAAAAAACAAGAAUAAAUUGUAAACGAACGUAUGUAUUCUAAACAUAUGAACUGUAUUUCUCUUGCGAAUAAAUAUAUUCAUGUAUUUCCCAUGAAUAAUAAACAAUUUUUUAAUAAACAGAUGCAAAAUUUUUUUUUACUUAUAUGGGAUUAUCGCAUUACGGUGAGACAAAAAUCUCUCUGAACUUCUUUCCUAGCAGAAAAUGGACCUGUAUAUAAAACAACAAUUUUUUUUUAAUUUUUAACCAAUGAUACUGUAAAAUUUUGUAAUAUUUGCCAUAAUAAGUAGUGCAUUCACAUAACUUGCUCCGUACUGUAUGCUUAAAUAUUUCUACUUAAAUUAUCCAUUUAUAUACAUGAAUAAAAACUUAUAUUAAUACUAUAAUAGUAGAUUUUCACAAGAUAACAAGCUGCGCAUUGCUUAAUUAUCAUAUACAAUUAUACAUGAUAGGUUAGGGAGUAUUCCCUAUUAAGUUUAAAAGAAUGUAACAUAACAAUCGAGAUAAAAUAACUAAUCAAAUAUUGAAGAUGCAGGAAUUUGUAAAUAAAAAGCAAUUAAAGUUAACUAUUCAUCAUCUCCUACUUGCACAUGUUUGGAAACCUAACAACAAUGUAAAUUUAAUGAUGCAUUAAAUCACUGCUACGACUCAUUGCAUAAUCAUAGUUGAAAAAUCAAUUUUAAUUGCUUAUUGUUUAAAAGUAUUAUGUAACGUUCCAGUGUAUUCUUUUACCGUACUUUCUCUAUUACUUUUCUUUUAUCUCAAUUCUUAUUAUCCCAUUCUUCUUUUAUACAUAAUGGGAGACACUCCAAAAUCAGUUCAAAUUGAAUGUGAUCUGACUACAUCGAUCCGAUCGAUCCGUUCUAUUCGUGAUACAAUUUUUUAGAUAAAGUCGCGAAAUCUUAACAGUCUUAUGAUAACCUAAUGUAAAUUCAACUAUUGUAUCAAUAAUUAGGAUAAUAAAUAUAAGAAACAUAACACAUGUACAAAUUGUAAGUCAUCGCCUAUAAAAUAAUAAGUAAUAACUUACUGUA